GUUGACAAAUCCAUUCCGUUCUGACGCCACAAAGCUGCGAGUGCCUGUUAGACGCUAUUCAACACAUCAACAGACUUGUUAUUUUGGUUAUGAGGAGUGUACGAUAAUUUCCUUCAAAAAACGAUAAUUGUAUGUCUCUAGUACGAUAAUCCUACAUUUCACACUUGGUAACACUGCAUCCGGUGUAGCUCGCGUCAUUACGGACUGAAAAUGCAUAAGAACAUGACCCGGAGCACUUUGAUCGUCGCAGUUUUGCUUAUCAUCCUAGUGAUGCUCUAUACAUACUUCAGAGAAACUACUUUUAGCUUUUGCAAGCCCUGUGUUCUCCCUGAGAAUAAUUUAAAUUACUUGGAAAUGGAGAAGGAACAGAUAGGGGAGAAGAAACAGGGUGAACUUUGCCAGAAUGACACCUGGAAUAUUGGCGAAAUGAUUAUAGGAUCUGGACUGAAAUAUCCUCAGCCAAGCACUCAGAAAGGACGGACCGAUGUAAACCCUGUGACAAACUGGAACGUUCCCCUUGUCUGGGAAGGGACAUUUGAUCCUCUGGUUAUAGAUGAGAUCUAUAAGAAAAUGGACCCAAGAGUAGCUGUUGUGGUCUUUGCUGUUGGCAAGUACACUCGUUUUUUGAAGGCCUUUAUUGAGACAGGAGAAAAGUUCUUUCUUGUUGGCUUCAAGGUCACUUACUACAUUCAUACAGACAAUGGAAAUGAAGUCCCUAAGGUUGAGUUGGGUAACGGCAGGAAAAUCACAGUUGUACCCGUCCCAAGUGCUAACCGCUGGCAAGAUGUUGUGCUUGGCAGGAUGAAAUGGGCUACCAGCACCAUUGACAAGACGAUCCGUAAAGAGGCAGAUUAUCUGUUCAUGAUGGACAUAGACAGUGUCUUCCAUAACCGGUUUGGAGCUGAGUGUCUCAGUCGUCUAUCAGCUGUACUUCACCGUGGCUACUACAAGAACACACCAAGGGACAGUUUUCCCUAUGAGCGUCGAGCAAACUCCAAAGCAUACAUUCCUGCUGGGGAAGGAGACUACUACUACACUGCAGCUGUCUGGGGUGGAUACCUGGAGGAUAUGUACAAGCUUGUCAAAUACUGUUAUGAAAUGUCACUGGAGGAUGCCAAAAACAACAUUGAAGCUGUCUGGCAGGAGGAGAGUCAUCUCAACAGGUACCUCUUAUACAACAAACCAACAAAGGUACUGUCUCCAGAAUAUCUGUGGUCUGACUAUGACCAAGUACCGAGUGACAUUAAAGUUGUCAGGGUCUCCCAGUUGGUUAAGAACUACGCAGAAGUGCGCCCAAAUGGUGGACACUGAUGCUUAAACCUCAGGAGCUGGAAUCAGGUGCUGGUGAUUUUGUGCCUUUGUAGUUCUGGUCUUUUUAUACCCAAAUCUUUAGAGCACAAAGUAUCCCCAUCGGCUACGGGAUGUUCAUUACUGACCACGUGUCAAUUCAUACCCAUCAGGUAAAUGUUUUGUAACCCACUUAGAUGACCAACAAUUUAAAGUAGUUUUCUAAAAUCUGCUUAUAGUCCAUCAUAAGGAAAGUUGUUAUAUGACAGCACUAAUGAUCUACCAGCAGGAGGUUGCUCACAGUUAUUUUGGUUUAAUUGGCUGUCAUAAUCUCUCGCAUUUCUUAAGAGUUAACCAAGCAAUAUGGGAAUCAGAACCCCACUCAUUGAAAAUGUUGUGUAGUACAAAAUCUUCUGAAAAUAAUACACAACUGAAUUUAAUAAAAUAAGAGAUUUGAGCAUUUUUAAAAUUAUUUAAAUUCCUGAACAAAAUCUCAAGACUGGGGAUGAAUUUACAAGUUUUCAUAUUUUAUGUUUUUGGAUCAUCAACAGACUGCAGGAAUAGCUUUAAAUGCAACAACAACAAAAAAGAAACAGAAGCAAGAGACAAAAAAGUAAAAAAAAAAAGGGUCCUUGUUUGUGACGGGAUGACCACGUCUUGCAACAAGUCAUCGUUGUGGUUCACAAAGCCUCACAAAAGGCUUCUUCCAGGAGAACAUGCCUCCUUUGGACCACCCGGCAUUUUCCACUGAUCUAAAUCCCACGGUCUACAUUUGGGAAUUGAUAGUAAGGGAUAUUAAGGGAAUUGAUAUUGAUUGGGAUAUUAAGAAAAAUAAACUUUCCAAAUAGUAUAUGCAAUUUUUGGAACAUUUUACAACAUAUGGAGCAUCUUUCCUAUCAGUCUACUAGAAACACUCAAAUCCAGCACACCUAAACAAAUUUUGAAGUGACCCAUGAGAACACAGAAUGACUCACUAGAGUCCUCUUUUUGACACAGUUCUGUAUUGCUUUUUUGGUCUUAAACUUUUGAUCAACUAAUGAACAGCCUAUUUGAGCUCCAAUGCAGGUUUUAACAGUUCACAUCUAUUUUUGGUGUCUUGCGCCCAUUUCUUUGUAUUUGCAUGUUGAAGUUCAACUUACAACCUGGUUAUGAUCGAGCAGCGCAAAAUGCUAAUAUUUUUAACUUCACACCAGUCUUAAGAUUUUGAUCAAGAGAGUACCUAGAUCCAAACAAUUUUACUCCUUUAAUAAAUAUACAAUGGUUAAAGGAAAUGGGUAAAAAGAAAUUGUAGUUUUAUGUACAGGUACAUCUAAAAAUUGUGAACAUCCUGAUCAACAUUUUUUGUAACUCAUUUCAGAAAAUGAAACUCAUCAUUAAACAGAGUGAAAUAUUUCAAGCCUCUGUACCCUAUAAUGAAACCCCACAAUUCAGAAAAUGUGAAUAAUACAUAUCAAAGCCUUCGGGUUAUCUGCAUGGUUGUGUCUGCUGUCUCUCUUCUUCCUUUUGACAAUAACUCAUAGAAUCUCUAUGGGGCUCAAGUCACUGUAGUCAUUGAACCAGCUUUUGGUACCUUUGACAGUGUGAACAGGAGCCAAGUCCUGUUGAAAAAUGCAAUUAUCUCAAUCAAGCUCAUCAGCAGAAGGAAGAAGGAAGUUCUCUCAAAUGUCCUGUUAGAUAAUUGUGUUGAAAACACAGUGGACCAACACCAGCAGAUGACACGGCACCCAAAUCAUCACUGACUGUGGAAACGUCACACUGGAUUUUAAGCAACACAGAUUUUGUGCCUCUCCAAUCUUUGCCCAGACAAUGUAAUCUUGAUUCCUACAUAAAAUUAUACCUUAAUUUCAUCUAAUCUAAGGAUUAAAUAAAUUGCACCCAUCUGUUUUCCAUGUAGUUCUUUUCACCUUAGUUGUAUUUAGGUUCCUGUUUUCUGUCCCUUCAUUGUUGGGUUCCCUAUUGCUGUCUCCCUGGUUCCUGUGUUUUCUUUGAUCCUGUUAAUUCAUCAUACUUUCCAUUAAAAUAUUUCCAUCCAAUAUGCUCCUGCCGAUGUCCUGUUGCUGCUUUGGUCCAUCGCAACCAUAAAAUGUGACAAUAAUAAUCUGGAUUACAAGAAAUAAAGGCCUGAAAUAUUUCGCUCUAUGUGUAAUGAACCUAUAUAAUAUGAGUUUCGCUUUCUGAAGUAAUUGACAAAAGGUAUUCGACCAUUUCACGAUACUCCUCUAAUUGUUUGAGAUGUGCGUAUAUAUUUCUAAUGUAAGGCUAUCAGGGGUAUAAAAAGGUGUAUGUUUUUCCUGCUGCUAUAUGCAAUGAAUGUUUACAAUCGUUUCUUUCUGUUUGGAUUUUAAAACAUACGUUUGGCUUUUAAUAGUGAACUCUGCAUAUUUUUAGUCAAGAGUAAACAAAAUAAGGCAUAACAUUUUACAUGUCCCUGAAAGCAUUCCUUACUGUUAUUGUAACCAACCUGCUUCAGAGUUUGUGUAUUGUUAUUUUUUUAUCCAUUAAUAUUCAGGUCAAUAUAUUUUAUUGUCCCAGUGGGGAAAGUUGUUUUAAGCAAGUAAAGCUGCUCUAAAACAAGGAACAGUAAAAAUGGUUCAAUUCAAUCAUCAAAUAAAAAUAAAACACAGUUUGACAUAAAAUAUAAAAGUCAUUGAAGCAAUAAAAAUUUAAAAAAAAAAAGGUAAACAACAAUUUAAGAUUUAAAUGAUUAAAAUUGGAGGGUAACCUAACUGUUCAGAUCAUACUGUGUUGUAUAAAAGUAAAAUCAGGUUAAAAUAACUGUCCCACUCUUGUUUAGCAUUUUUAAUAAAAAGGGGACUAAGGAAAUUUUUAAAAGAAUUCAUUAAUUAAAAUUUGCCAACUUGUAUCACUUACCUGAAGGUAGCAGCUCAUACUCAUAAUGGAGAACAUGGGAUGGGUCAGCCUGGUUUUGUGCACACAUUUUUCACAUAUUGGCUGGAAGGACUGAUGAUUUUUCUCACUGAUAACAUUUAUGGCAGUUUUAAUCACAUAGGAGAGUUUAUGUUUUUUAGUUGCAUAGACAGCGGAACCAUAUCAAGCUCUUCAUCACUGCCAUUAAGCAUGAUCUUUUAUAAGGGGGAAAUUUACUGCCAAAAAUCAAGAGCACACAUUUUCAAAUUGAGAGCAGGAUUUCAUUCUGCUUGUACUCAAACUUAGUAAUGCUUGCACUCAAAACCUCUGCUUUCUGUCAAAUAUACUCUGUUCUCUCUGAAAAUCUUUGUUUCUGUGCUCUGAUCUAAUGCUUCUUGCAUAGAUAAUUUCGCCUCCUGCUUUCUUCAUCCUCCAUCCGCGCAAACUUGCUCUCUGCUCGGAUCAAAACUGCACUCUCGAGUUUCUUCCCUGCUCGCAAAUUCUUUUUGCUCUCUCUCAGAUUAAAGUCGUAUCAUCUCCUAACAACCAUAUCAGCCAAUAGAAUGACAGUGUGCAACAGCUGGCACUAAAUUUCCCCCAUAUAUUUACUACAGGGACUCCGAGUCUUCUGAGGAUGUUCAUCCUCUGCUGCAGUUUUGAACACAGAUUGUCAAUAUAUUUGUUUCAAGAAAACAUGUUGUAAGUGUAUAUCUGCAAUGUUGGGCCUUUUUGGGUUGGUUUGUUUUUGGGGGUUUUUUGUAUUAUUGGAGGGGAGUUGUUUUAUAUUGUAUUUAACACAACAAAGUUAGUGAGUGUGUAUUUUCUUAAACAUCUGAUAGGUAUGCUAUAAAUUGUAUACAAGAAUGAAACUGCAGUUUGAUAAUGUACAUUUUUUUUUUUUUUCAAAUGCCAAGAUUUGUAUGAAUUCUCUACAUGCUUGCACUAGCCCCCACCCCCUAACCAACACACACACACUUUCUGGCACCCAAUAAUGAUCCAAAACAUACGGCCAAAUCAACAAAGAAACUGUUCAUUAGACAUAAACUGUCUACCAAGGCCAUCUCUGUCCCUAGCUCUAAAUUCUAUAAGAAACCUGUGGGGUGACCUGAAAAAAAGAAAGUGUAAAGGAGGAUACCGCACUCCAGACAUUGUGUAAAGAGGAAUCGUCAAAGAUCUUGCUGUGUGUAUGAUUCAACUUUGUAAAAUGAUACUGAAGAACACUAUCCUAUUGGCUACGGGGGUUCUAUAAAUUAGUUACAUCUAAAAGAAUUUUAAAAAGUUGGUGUUCCUCUGAAGAAAUUCUCCCAUAGUAAUAAAACAUAAAGAAAGGCUUGUACAUGUCUUUCCCAGGGCAGCCAAAAGUUGUGGAGAUUGCUGUAUGUCAAGGGUACUUCAGAAUACACUGUGCAAACUACAUGACUGUACAGACCUUUAACUUUGUUGAAAAGGGCUGGAAGACAACCUCACUGUUUUCUGAGAUACCUGUAUCUGUGACAUGACAAGCUAUUAUUAAUGCCUAAUUUAUCUCUUACAGUGGUAUAAAGCAUGACUCAUGUUUUCCUUGGACUGUGUCAGGAAUAUUUUUAUGAAUGAGCCUAGGCCAGUUUGAAAGGCACACAGACAACCUUCAUGAUUAUAGAUCUAAGAGUAGAAAUGAUCUAAAUAUAGUUCUGCCUGUGGGAUGCUUUGAAGACAUUAGGCAUGUUACAAGGACAGGUUCAGCCCUUUAGAGAUGUCAUAUUAUUUUGCUGGAAAUUUUGUUAAAUCAAAAUUAAAAUGGUGAAGGAGGCACAUUGUGUUUAUUUUUUAAAUUUUUUUUUUAUUUGUGGGUUUAAUUUUAAUGAGAUAUGAGCACUUAAUUUUGUUUAUACAUGUAUGUGUGUGUGUGUCCAGAGGUUUUUUCUGGAAGCUGUGCUUUUGGUAUCUUCCUCGUGGUUGCCUUGCAAAAGUCUUGCAAGGAAACCAUUAAAAUGGAAGAGCAUUUAAACGGGAUAAAUAAAGGUAAAAAAAAAUUAAA